AUGAACGCAUAUACAGCCACUACUGCAUGUUUGAGCCGGUCUUCAUUGUCACACUUGAAUCAGAGUUUUACACCUUUUCUGCACUACCUACCAACUACCGAGCACCAUCUUGCCCGUAACCACAUUGCCUCCAUGCUUCACUAUUACACUCGACCUAUAAAAGAUGAACCUAAUCCUUCUAGGUGCAGCGAUAUACCUAAUAAAUUAUUCCAUCGAACGUAUUCCCCUUUGGACCCCGGAAUAGCGACAUGGACUAAAGGCUCUGUCCAAGCCAAGGAACUUACUCUGAAUAGUCAUGACAAAUGA